UUUCUCCUUUGUACAUGUUAAAAACAGCGGGUCACAGAAAGUCGAGAGAACCAAAUGACUAUUGAAGAGAGGAAGCACCUCAUCACGGUGAGAGAGGAAGCCUGGAAGACAAAAGGCAAAGGAGCAGCUAAUGACUCCACACAGUUCACGGUGGCCGGGAGAAUGGUGAAGAAAGGUUUGGCAUCACCUACUGCCAUAACCCCAGUAGCGUCCCCUAUUUGCAGUAAAACAAGGGGCACAACGCCGGUUUCCAAACCCCUGGAAGACAUUGAAGCCAGACCGGAUAUGCAGUUAGAAUCGGACCUGAAGUUGGAUAGGCUGGAAACCUUUCUAAGAAGGCUGAAUAAUAAAGUUGGUGGGAUGCAAGAAACUGUACUCACCGUCACUGGCAAAUCUGUUAAGGAGGUGAUGAAGUUAGACGAUGAUGAAACCUUUGCCAAAUUUUACCGCAGUAUGGACUGUACCAUGCCGAGGAGCCCCGUGGAGCUGGACGAAGACUUCGAUGUUAUUUUCGAUCCGUAUGCCCCCAAGUUGACAUCUUCGGUGGCUGAGCACAAGCGCGCAGUUAGGCCCAAGCGCCGGGUACAGGCUUCCAAAAACCCCCUGAAAAUGCUGGCAGCCAGAGAAGACCUCCUUCAGGAAUAUACUGAGCAGAGACUAAACGUGGCCUUCAUGGAGUCAAAGCGGAUGAAAGUAGAAAAGAUGUCCUCCAACUCCAACUUCUCGGAAGUCACUCUGGCAGGUUUAGCCAGCAAAGAAAACUUCAGCAACGUCAGCCUGCGGAGCGUCAACCUGACGGAACAGAAUUCGAACAAUAGCGCGGUGCCCUACAAGAAGCUGAUGCUGUUGCAGAUUAAAGGAAGAAGACAUGUGCAGACAAGACUGGUUGAACCUCGAGCUUCGUCGCUCAACAGCGGGGACUGCUUCCUCCUCCUCUCGCCCCAUUACUGCUUCCUGUGGGUAGGAGAGUUCGCAAAUGUCAUAGAAAAGGCGAAGGCCUCAGAACUUGCAACUUUAAUUCAGACAAAGAGGGAACUUGGUUGUAGAGCUUCUUAUAUCCAAACUAUCGAAGAAGGAAUUAAUACCCACACUCAUGCAGCCAAAGACUUCUGGAAGCUUCUGGGUGGCCAAACCAGCUACCAAUCUGCUGGAGACCCAAAAGAAGAUGAACUGUAUGAAACAGCCAUAAUAGAAACAAACUGCACCUACCGUCUGAUGGACGACAAGCUUGUUCCUGAUGACGACUUCUGGGGGAAAAUCCCAAAGUGCUCCCUUCUGCAAUCAAAAGAGGUACUGGUAUUUGAUUUUGGCAGUGAAGUUUAUGUGUGGCAUGGAAAAGAAGUUACAUUAGCGCAACGGAAAGUAGCAUUUCAGCUGGCAAAGCACUUAUGGAAUGGAACCUUUGACUAUGAGAAUUGUGACAUUAAUCCACUGGACCCCGGGGAAUGCAAUCCACUUAUUCCCAGAAAAGGACAGGGGCGGCCUGAUUGGGCGAUAUUUGGGAGACUUACCGAACACAAUGAGACUAUUUUGUUCAAAGAGAAAUUUCUCGAUUGGACUGAACUGAAGAGACCGAAUGAGAAGAAUGCCAGCGAAUUCGCCCAACAGAAGGAGGAUCCUAGGGCUGAAAUCAAGCCAUACGACGUGACCCGGAUGGUACCCGUGCCCCAGACGACCGCUGGCACUGUGCUGGACGGGGUGAAUGUGGGCCGUGGCUAUGGCCUGGUGGAAGGGGACGACAGGAGGCAGUUUGAGAUUGCUAGUGUCUCUGUGGAUGUCUGGCAUAUCCUAGAAUUCGACUAUAGCAGGCUCCCCAAACAGAGCAUCGGGCAGUUCCAUGAGGGAGACACCUAUGUGGUCAAGUGGAAGUACAUGGUGAGCACCUCAGUGGGAAGCCGACAGAAGGCCGAGCACCCCAUAAGGGUGGCUGGCAAAGAGAAGUGUGUCUACUUCUUCUGGCAGGGCCGACAGUCGACUGUGAGUGAGAAGGGCACGUCGGCCCUGAUGACGGUGGAGCUGGAUGAAGAGAGAGGUGCCCAGGUCCAGGUUCUCCAGGGAAAGGAGCCCCCCUGUUUUCUGCAGUGUUUCCAGGGGGGAAUGGUGGUGCACUCCGGGAGACGGGAAGAGGAGGAAGAAAAUGUGCAAAGUGAAUGGAGGCUGUACUGUGUGCGUGGAGAAGUGCCCAUGGAGGGAAAUUUGCUGGAAGUGGCCUGUCACUGUAGUAGCUUGAGGUCCAGGACGUCCAUGGUUGUCCUCAACGUAAAUAAAGCCCUCAUUUACCUGUGGCAUGGAUGCAAAGCUCAGGCCCACACAAAGGAGGUUGGAAGGACCGCAGCAAAUAAAAUCAAAGAACAAUGCCCCCUGGAAGCAGGACUGCAUAGUAGCAGCAAAGUGACAAUACACGAGUGUGACGAAGGCUCCGAGCCGCUGGGAUUCUGGGAUGCGUUAGGAAGGAGAGAUAGGAAAGCCUACGACUGCAUGCUUCAAGAUCCUGGGAAUUUUAACUUCACACCCCGCCUGUUCAUCCUCAGCAGUUCCUCCGGAGAUUUCUCAGCCACAGAAUUCAUGUAUCCUGCCCGAGACCCAUCUGUGGUCAAUUCUAUGCCCUUCCUUCAGGAAGACCUGUAUAGUGCACCGCAGCCAGCACUUUUCCUUGUUGACAAUCACCAUGAGGUGUAUCUCUGGCAAGGCUGGUGGCCCAUUGAGAACAAGAUCACCGGUUCUGCCCGCAUUCGCUGGGCCUCCGACCGAAAGAGCGCCAUGGAGACCGUGCUCCAGUACUGCAGAGGAAAAAAUAUCAAGAAGCCGCCCCCCAAAUCUUACCUGAUCCACGCCGGUCUGGAGCCCCUGACGUUCACCAAUAUGUUUCCCAGUUGGGAGCACAGAGAGGACAUCGCUGAAAUCACAGAAAUGGACACUGAAGUUUCGAACCAGAUCACCCUCGUGGAAGACGUCUUAGCCAAGCUCUGUAAAACCAUUUACCCACUGGCUGAUCUCCUGGCCAGGCCACUGCCCGAGGGAGUUGACCCUCUGAAGCUUGAGAUUUAUCUCACUGACGAAGACUUUGAGUUUGCACUAGACAUGACAAGAGAGGAAUACAGUGCACUGCCCGCCUGGAAGCAGGUGAACCUGAAGAAAGCAAAAGGUCUGUUCUGAGCGGAGAGAUGCUGACAGAAGCUCUGCUGUCACUUUCAAUACCAUUGGACCAGGAAAAUGGAUACUUUUUGGACUGGUAUUUUUAAAAAUAUUUUUUAAUCAGAGUUUUCAAACCCUGAAGUUAUUAGCUUUACUGCUUUGUCCUGGAGUUGUGUAUUUUGUAAAUGUUUAAGAGAACUCUUCGGGAACUCUCUUUCCACGAUUCAGCAGGUAAUGUUAAUAAAAACAUCCGUAGGUGCACUUACGCAGCGGUUCCCAGCAACUGCGAGAGCACUGCCCUCCUGUUCCAGCUAAGCGUUGCCUCAUUUUUUAAAGCAGUUCUCUUUAUAAAGUGUUAUUUUGAUAGUUUGUGGAUUCUAAAAUAUAUAUAUAUAUAUAUAUAUUUAUAUAAACACCAUAUAAAUCAAAUAUGUAUUUAACAAAGCAAUAUGUAUUCAUUCACUUUUAAGAUUUUUUUUUUUGGUGUCAAAAUAAUAUUAAAAGGUAGAUGGAAUUAGCUCUGUCACCGAUAUGUAUCUCCACACGUGUUCAGAAACGUCUCCUUCGGCAUUAGGUCUGACUUGUUCUGAGUGCUGCUUCCGGUGCUAAAAUGAACAAAACAUGGUUACUUCCUGGUGUGGAACCUGUGUGAGUCCACCUUUCUACCUUACUAUCUCCCUAAAAUGUAUAGUGCCUUGUUUUUAUGUACAGUUUAUAUACAGAAAAGUUUGCUCUGCAUUUUUUUGAUGGUGGUUUGGAACAUUAUCUACAAUUUUACUCUAAAAUAGUAGAAAUAAAAAAAAAUCUCAAUUUCUAAUACCUGUUGUAAACAUUAAACAUGUCAUUUUGCGAUCUAGGACUCCAAAAUUAAAGCUUCAGAAUAAAUGCAAUAAUUAAUUGAUUGGUUCAAUUGAGUUCCCAGCAUGUUCCUUUCUGAAAAAUAUUUUCUAUAAAUAUUAACCUAGCACCAGUAUGUCACCAUUAAAUAUUAACUCAUCUGUUCAUUUAGUUUAGGACAAGAUUUUAUACAUGAUCCUAAGACUAAAUAAAUAUUCCACUCAUAAAAUUA